UCGUUAUAUUCAGAGAAACAAUCAGCACUGGGAACACAGCUGUGACCGAGCUUAACUACAUUUCUGAAAUAAUGAAGCUGCUGUUGUCUUUUGUGGUCGCCUGCUUCCUGUACAUCAGUGCAGAGGCAAAGGAAUCUCCUCCUAAGGUCCAGGUGUACAGCUACAGCACUGGUGAGUUUGGCAAACCGAAUCAUCUGAUCUGCCAUGUGAGCGAAUUCCACCCUCCAGACAUCAACAUUGAGCUUCUGAGGAACGGAGUGGUGAUCACCGAAGCCAAGCAGACGGACCUGGCCUUCGAACAGGGCUGGAAGUUCCACCUCACCAAAAGCGUGCCCUUCACACCUCAGAAGAACGAGGAGUAUGCCUGCAGGGUCACACACAUGCAAAAAGCUCCUCAGAAAUACUCCUGGGACCCCGACAUGUAAAACUGAAUGGGGACACCAGAUGGAGAAUGCAGUGUAUUUCUGUGAUUUCAGCAGAACUAGAUCUAUUACCACUAUCACACAGUUUUGGACCUGAAGCUGCUGCGAUCAGCCGGUGUUAGAUGACUUACUGUUUUGUAAGCCUGACACAAUAAUGGCGAGUGCUGUUGAAGGUGAUUUUUGAAGAUGCCUCUUUUUAAAGAGUCUUUCCAUGACUUGCUGCUGUUAAAUUUCUGCUUGAUCAUUUUUGCCAGCCUUUACUUUACAUUUUACUGUCAUUUGUAUGUGCACUGAAGUUGCAGUGCUUUGCAGUGCUAAAAUGUCCUGUAGUUAGCCCAAUGCAACACGUUUGUACUCAUUUGUAUACAGAAACAAAUACUGAUUCUAAUUUGAAUCCUGAUUUAAAUAUGGAAAGUUAUCCAAAGUUGCAUAAACUAGAACACUUAUCUGUGUUGCUGUAACUUAUUGUUUUUUGUGCAACUACUGGUUUUUGCCACAAUAAAAUCCAGUGUAAAUCCAAAAUUCCUUGUUUCAUUGUACAGUAAGUGAAGGUGUAAAAUACAAUUCUUCUUUUUACCAUUAAUACCAGAUAUAUGCAUAUAUGUCAUUUCAUAAAUUGCUUACUUUUAGUUCAACAGAAAACUAUUUACUAGAAUUAAAUGUGUAAUUCUUCUAUUUAAUUCACAAGAUUGAUGGAUUACUAUAAUCUUUAAUGAGCUUUUGUUGGUUUCUCUUUAAAAUAAACAUCUGGAAGAACAUGUAUGGUCCAAUUUGUUUUAUUAUUAAUUUGAAGAAAUUCACUUUUUUGUCUGAUAGAUUUAUAGAUUCAAAUGAAAUUAAGGACUGUAUUGACAUACUUCAUAACAGGAUAUUAUAUACAGUGGAUGUUUGUGUCUGUUGGAAAAAAUGUUUGUUCUUUUAUUUUAAUUAAAUUUUCUUUAGAAACAUAA